AUGGAACCCAAACCCAUCUUCAAGGCCCCGCUUCCUCCAACGCAAGCUGCCCAGACAGGUAACAACAGCCACCCCUUGCCAACAGAUGUACUGCCUGGAGCCCGAGACGUGCAGACUCCCUAUGGAUCGAUCCGCGUCUAUGAAUGGGGUCCAGAAAACGGGCCCAAGGUGCUGCUCGUCCACGGAAUUACCAACCCCUGUAUCGCACUCGGCGGACUAGCUCACGGCUUGGUGGACCGAGGUUGUCGAGUCAUGUUGUUCGAUCUGUUUGGGCGAGGCUACUCCGAUUGUCCCUCCGACGUACCUCAAGAUGAACGAUUAUUUUCAUCACAGAUCUUGUUGGCUCUGAGCUCUUCGCCGCUUUCAUGGACAGGGGCCGGCUCUGGUAAAUUCUGUCUGGUCGGCUACUCCCUUGGCGGCGGUAUCGCUACAUCGUUUGCAUCAUUCUUUCCUCAGCUAUUGACCGCUCUCGUUCUCCUUGCUCCAGCAGGAUUGAUUCGUGACUCCCAUAUCAGCCUCGGCACCCGAUUCUUGUACGCUGGCGGCAUGCCAGAUGGACUGCUAAAGCACUUUUCCGGUGCUCGUCUCCGCGCUGGGCCUCUUUCAACACCAAAAUCCAAACAUAAAAAGUUUCACACAAGCGACGCUCUUGCCGAACAGCUACCUCCCCAAGGAGGCGAGACCCAAUUACUAUCCCGCUCAUACCCUCAUGUCACCGGUCCGGCCGUUAUGUCUUGGCAGGUGAAUGACCAUGGCGGUUUCGUACACGCCUUCGUAAGCAGCAUGCGUUACGGACCAAUCUUGAACGGACGCCAACGAAAAACAUGGGAGCGUCUUGGAAGGUACCUGUCCAAGCAGAAAGCUCUUUCUGCCGCAGAGCAGGAAUCAAAUGGCCUUCCGAGUGGCAAAGUUGUCAUUAUGUACGGCGUGGAUGAUACGAUUAUUAUAGGCGACGAACUGUUAGAAGAUGCGAAGGCUACUCUUGGAAACGAUGUGGUUUUUAAAGAAAUUUCCGCUGGUCAUGAGUUUCCCAGCACCAAGUACGAUGAGAUCGCCCAAAUUAUCUUUGAUACAUUGCUUUGA